AGUUUAUUUAUACAGCAUAAACAAGAACAGAUUGUUUUGUUUUUUUGUGGAUGUUUUUUGCUUCAGUUGACUUAGUUAUUUAAUUUAACUUGAAUAUGAUCUAAUUUAUGGUUUAAACUCUUUAAAGUGGUUAUAAUCGAAUUUGACUUCCAAUUUGGUGCUAGUCAGACUGUGUCAGUUUGAUUCAGUAUGUCGGAACAAAAAAUGGACUGGAUGUAUAAAGGCGUUUCUGGUAUGGUUGACCCAGAAGCGUAUUUAACAGGACGUAAAAUUGAUAAAACAUUUGAGCUUGCUCAACGAGAGGAAAGAGGUGAAAGGAUUGAUGCACCAGCCGAUGAUGCCGUUCCUACAUCUCUUUUUGGGUUUCCUUCCAGUAGUAUGAAUAAAGAGUUGUCAGAUUUGAUGAGAGAGGAUCCUCUAUUUGCAAUCAAGAAAAAACAACUAGAAGAAACCCGAAAGAUUCUAAACAAUCCAUUGAAAAUGAAAAAGAUCAACGAGUUGAUUUCAAAAGAAAGCGGUGGAGAGCCAACGAGACAGAGGAAACACAAAAAGAAACACAAACGUUCAAAAGACGAUAGCUCGGAUGAUGAAACGAAACAUAAACGUUCAAAAAAAUAUGAUCCAGAUGACAGAAGAAAACACAGAAAUGAUAAAGACAACUCAGACUACAAAAGUAAACACAAAAAAUCAAAAGACUAUAGUCCAAGUGAUGAAAAGAAAAGCAAAUAUUCAAUAGAUAAAAGUCCAAGUAGAGCUAAGAAAAGAAAUAGACAUUCAAAGGACGAUAGUUCUAAUGAUGAAAGCAAAACCAAGCAUUCGAAAGGAAUUAGCCCAAUCAAAAGUAAACAUAGGUAUACAAAAGACGAUGACUCGAGUGAUGGAAACAAAAACAAAACCAAGAAAAGUCACCAUCAUAAAAGAUCUCCUAGUUCAUCUAGAAAAGAGCAUAAAUCUAAAUCGAAACAUCAUUAAUCUGCAUUCUUUGAUUCAGCACUUCUCGGUAAUUUUAGACAAGUUCCCAUAAUGUUAAGUCGGCUUGUGUAUUUUUAUUUAACCUCUACCAUCGCAAAUCUCGUAUUUAUACGAUUAAAAGAGAGUUGAUUCAAGGCAAAUAAUAUUAAACUAACCUUUUGAUUUGAAA